AUGAGUAUCUCAAGGUUCGCUUACCCGCUCCUUGGCAAUGCCAGCGGCAUCAUCAAGAUUGCUCGUAUGCAGAGCACCAUCGCGCACACUAUCAAGGUGGCCGAUAAUAUCGAGAAGACUCGUGCGAAAGCACUUCUUGGUGGUGGCGAGAAAAGAAUUGAGAGUCAGCAUAAACGAGGAAAGUUGACGGCUCGUGAGCGUAUCGAAUUACUCAUGGAUAAGGGCUCGUUCCGCGAAUACGAUAUGUUUGCCGAACACACUUGUACCGAUUUCGACAUGCAGAAGCAGAAAUACCCUGGAGAUUCUGUCAUUACUGGACGCGGUCAUAUCAAUGGUCGUAACGUGUACGUAUUCUCUCAGGAUUUCACAGUUUUCGGUGGUUCACUGUCAAUGAUCCAUGCCAAAAAGAUCUGCAAGAUCAUGAGGGAGGCUAUGAUAGUGGGAGCGCCACUCAUUGGUUUGAAUGACUCCGGCGGUGCUCGAAUCCAGGAAGGAGUAGAUUCUCUUGCUGGUUACGCUGACAUUUUCUUGAACAACACCAUUGCAUCCGGGGUGAUUCCUCAGCUGUCACUUAUUAUGGGACCUUGCGCAGGUGGUGCGGUGUAUUCCCCUGCUAUCACUGAUUUUACCUUCAUGGUGCGUGACACUAGUUACCUAUUCAUCACUGGACCUGACGUUGUGAAAGCUGUCACUAAAGAAGAAGUGACUCAAGAAGAACUCGGUGGAGCGAAAACCCAUACCGCAACAUCAGGCGUGGCCGUUGGUGCCUUCGAAAAUGAUGUGGACGCUUUGAUGAGUAUGCGUGAGCUAGUCAAUUAUCUACCUCUCUCAAACAAAGAUCCUGCUCCAGUCCGCGCUUGUGAUGACCCAUGGGAUCGCGAUGUGCCAUCACUGGAUACUGUGGUUCCUCUAGAAAGUACCGCUGCUUAUAACAUGAAAGACGUAGUAACUGCUCUUGUAGACGAAGGCGAUUUCUUUGAGAUCAUGCCGGACUAUGCUAAGAACAUUAUCGUUGGAUUUGCCCGGAUGAAUGGACGUACCGUCGGCAUUGUCGGCAAUAAUCCCAAGUUUGCGGCCGGCUGUCUCGAUAUCAACUCAUCCGUGAAGGGUGCCCGCUUCGUGCGUUUCUGUGAUGCAUUCAACAUCCCACUCGUCACUCUUGUCGAUGUUCCUGGAUUCUUGCCUGGAACGGCUCAGGAAUAUGGAGGUAUCAUCCGGCAUGGAGCCAAGCUCAUCUACGCGUAUGCGGAAGCUACUGUGCCCAAGAUCACUGUGAUAACUAGAAAGGCCUAUGGUGGAGCGUACUGUGUCAUGUCAUCGAAGCACCUUCGAGGAGAUGUCAAUUAUGCCUGGCCUACUGCUGAAGUUGCCGUCAUGGGAGCUAAGGGUGCUGUGUCUAUUCUGUUCCGUGGAGAGAAAGACGUAGCUAAGCGCGAGGAAGAAUACAUCGAUGUUUUCAGCAACCCGUUCCCUGCCGCUGUUCGUGGCUACGUUGAUGACAUCAUUGAGCCUCACACCACUCGUCGUAGAAUUUGCGAGGAUCUCAGCCUGCUGGAGUCGAAAAAGCUCACAAAUCCUUGGAGGAAACAUGGAAACAUUCCUCUUUGA